AAGAAGGAGAGAAAAAUGAAAACGUGCUUGUUUGUAUACAGGAUAUUCUAGACGAAGGUGAUAGGUUACUACUGACAGGAGAGAAAUAUUAAAUCGGGACGUCCCGACGAAGUUUAAAUGAUUCGGACUAAUAUUUACGUUCUUUUCGGACUGAUAAUUUUCGUGGCUAGAGUUUCAUCUGGAUCUAUUCCAGACGAUGCAAAACAGACAUUGGAACAUAAAAAGCCUUCACUGCAGGAGGAAAUCUCUUGCUUUAGGAAUUAUAUGAUGCGGCAUUACUUGGAUAUUCCCUCAAAGAAUCUAGAAAAGCUGAAAAGUGAUCUGGAUCUAAUAAUGGGCAAAAUGAAGGAGAAACACAUCUCAGUGAUACCAGGAAAAAAAGAGAAAACACACUUUGAGCCUUGCCCAUACAAACAUGAAAAAGAAGAAGCUGCACUGAGAAAUUUUUACAAGCUACACCUCAGACCUGGAGAAAAUUUUGAUGGAACUGAAAAGAAGAAGACUCUACAAUACGUAUAUUCAAAAUUGGAAGAUACAUGGGAUACAAUGCGUCAUAAACAGAAGAGAUACGUCGUGCACCAAUACGCACAUUUGUGGCGUCAGACUAUGGAAUCAUUCAUGGACAGACGUUAUCCGCUAGACGAAGCUCACUCUCACAUCAAACCGCCUUUUGACAUGACCCAACAAAAAAGAGAAAAACCCGUGAUUGGGCUCCGUUGACGUUUAAAACGAGCGAAUAAGAAGUAAUCAACAGUAAAUUAACAAUCAGUGGAAUUACGGUCUGUGACAAAAAUAUAUAAACUAACCAAGGACUAUUUCCAA